AUGGCGCUAGCGCUGGGCGAAGGCGGCGGGAGCCGACUGCGGCGGCAGCUGGAGUCGGGGGGCUUUGCGGCGGGAGAGUAUGUGAAGCAGCUGUCGCAGCAGUCGGACGGGGACCGGGAUUUGCAAGAACACCGGCAGCGCAUUCAGGCGCUGAGCGAGGAGACGGCCCAGAGUCUGAAGCGCAAUGUCUAUCAGAACUAUCGGCAGUUCAUCGAGACGGCGCGGGAGAUCAGCUACUUGGAAAGCGAGAUGUACCAGCUCAGCCACAUCCUCACCGAGCAGAAGGGCAUCAUGGAGGCCGUCACCCAGGCCCUGCUUCUCCAGGCCGACCGCGACGACCCCACCCUGGGCGCCCGCCGCGCCGCCGCCGCCGAUCCGUUCCUGCCGCUGUCGGCCAAGGAGGCAGCGGCCAACGAGGAGGGACGGCAGCGCACGCUCACCACCCUCCUGGAGAAGGUGGAGGGCUGCCGCGACCUUCUCCCCGAGAGCCCCGGCAAGUACCUGGUCUACAACGGCGAUCUGGUGGAGUACGAUGCCGACCACAUGGCACAGAUCCAGCGGGUACACGCCUUCCUCAUGAAUGACUGCCUGCUUGUGGCCACUGCCUUGCCCAACCGCCGCGGUGCCUACCGCUACGACGCACUCUACCCCCUCGACGGGCUGGCUGUGGUCAACGUUAAAGACAACCCGCCCAUGAAGGACAUGUUCAAACUGCUUAUGUUCCCUGAGAGCCGCAUCUUCCAGGCCGAGAAUGCCAAGAUUAAGAAGGAGUGGCUGGAGGUGCUGGAGGAGACUAAGCGCAACCGGGCCCUCAGCGAGAAGCGACGCCUGGAGCAGGAGGCUUUGCCCCGGCCUGCCCCGACACCUCCUGAAUCCACCAACCCCUUUGAAGAGGAUGAAGAUGAGGAAGAAGAAGAGCCUUCUGCUGAGGAAGAGGUGGUUGACCUUUCACUGGAGUGGAUCCAGGAGCUGCCUGAGGACCUGGAUGUCUGCAUUGCUCAGCGGGACUUUGAAGGGGCAGUGGACCUCCUGGAUAAACUCAACGAGUACCUGGGAGACAAGCCUGUGAGCCAGCCCGUGAAGGAGCUGCGGGCCAAGGUGGAUGAGCGGGUACGGCAGCUUACGGAUGUGCUGGUGUUUGAGCUGUCUCCAGACCGCUCACUGCGGGGAGGGCCACGGGCCACCCGCCGAGCCGUGUCCCAGCUCAUUCGCUUGGGUCAGUCCACCAAGGCCUGUGAGCUCUUCCUGAAGAACCGGGCAGCUGCGGUGCAGACAGCCAUCCGACAGCUGCGUAUUGAGGGUGCCACGCUGCUCUACAUCCACAAGCUCUGUCACGUCUUCUUCACCAGCCUUCUAGAGACAGCAAGAGAGUUUGAGACAGACUUCGCUGGCAACAACGGCUGCUACUCGGCCUUUGUUGUCUGGGCCCGCUCUUCCAUGAGGAUGUUUGUGGAUGCCUUCAGUAAGCAAGUAUUUGAUAGUAAAGAGAGCUUGUCAACUGCAGCAGAAUGUGUCAAGGUAGCUAAAGAGCACUGCAAGCAGCUUAGCGAGAUUGGACUGGAUCUCACCUUCAUCAUUCAUGCCCUUCUGGUAAAGGAUAUCAAAGGUGCUUUACAGAGCUACAAGGAUAUCAUCAUAGAGGCCACCAAGCACCGCAACUCUGAGGAGAUGUGGAGAAAGAUGAACCUAAUGACCCCAGAGGCACUGGGGAAACUCAGGGAGGAGAUGAGGAGCUGCGGUGUAGGCAAUUUUGACCAAUACACAGGUGAUGACUGCUGGGUCAACCUUAGCUAUACUGUAGUAGCUUUCACUAAGCAGACUAUGGCCUUCUUGGAGGAAGCAUUAAAGCUUUACUUUCCUGAACUGCAUAUGGUUCUUUUGGAGAGUCUCGUGGAAAUCAUCCUGGUAGCUGUCCAGCAUGUGGAUUAUAGCUUACGCUGUGAGCAGGACCCUGAGAAGAAAACAUUCAUUAGGCAGAAUGCAUCCUUCCUGUAUGAAACUGUCCUUCCCGUUGUGGAAAAAAGAUUUGAGGAAGGAGUUGGAAAGCCAGCCAAGCAGCUACAGGAUCUGAGAAAUGCUUCAAGAUUGAUGCGUGUAAAUCCAGAAAGUACCACCUCUGUGGUGUGAAGUGACAUAACUGUUCUUAAGAACAGAAUGGGAAAGCACUUAAUAAAAAUGUUGUACACUGAAUAUAUGAACUAAAUGUUUUUCUUGAUUCCCUGAAAAAUGCAGAUGUCUAACUGCUGCAUUUCAGAAGAUGGAGACUUACAAUGAAAGCCUGCAAGGAUGCAAUGCUUUUCUUGAAGGACAGUGGGUAGGGGAGUGAGGAGUAAAGUCAAGGUCACAUCCUUGGACAGCAUAUCCUGUAAGAAUGGUUUGUGUAGGGUUUGUGACUUGAAAAAUACUACAAUACACAAUUUCUGGUCAAAACUUUAUGAAAGUCUUAAAUACAUGUACAUCACAUAGCAGGAGAAGAUAUUUCUCAUCGUGUCACUGUAGGGUUCUUUUUCAAGGCACUGUUCUCAUAGAAAGGAAAGUGCUGAAGUGUUCUGCGGUUGUGGGAGUCAAUGAGGCACGUCCACCAUCCAGAUGUGACUCAGCACUGCAGAUAAGCAACAUGGAUUUGCAUGGU